AUGUUAACAUUUCUAUCCUUGUCGUUGUUGCUCCUUCUCGGCCUGCCAAAAGCACACAGUUCAUUGCUGGAUAUUCGGGACAUUUGUUGUACCUUGGGUAGUCAAUAUGGUGCUUUAAAAAAUACAUGUUCACGUUACAUAGCACCUUUGACCAACAUUAAACCAGAGGAUGAAGAGAAUUGCCGAGUUAUUGUGGAGAUUUGUUGCAUGAAAGAAAUUCACUACAAACAAUGUCUAAAAGGACGUACAGAUGCAGAAGAGAAGAAACUGUGCCAAGUGAAUGCGGAUGUCUAUGGUGCUGAACAGUAUUCGCAAUGCUGUCAAUGUUGUCGACUCGGAAAAGUUGCUGUCCAAAGUGGUUUGCACUGUAAUCUUACAAAUUAUGGUGACCCAUGUGAUACCACAUUCCGUGAAUGUUGUCAAGCGGAACGAAUAAGAUUAUCUGGUGGGAAUCCAUAUUCUUCUUGUGAUCUGAACAAUCCAUGUGACCACUUCUGUGAAAAUGAUGGCUACAGCUUCAAGUGUAUUUGCCGAACAGGUUUUGUUCUCAACGCAGACAGAAGGACAUGUUCAGAUAUUAAUGAAUGUUUGCAAUUUCCACGUCCUUGUCCAGAUAGGCAGCGUUGUAUCAACAUCCCAGGAAAUUUUAUUUGCCGCCAGGAAGCAAACUGUCCUGAACAUGCCAUUUUUAAUCGUCUCACAUCGAGUUGUCGAUGUCAAUCUAAAAUGGUGUACAACGUAACUUCCAAAGAGUGCCAAUGCCCGCCAGGAUUUGCUUACAAUAUUGUUGAACGUUUGUGUGAAGAUAUUGAUGAGUGUAUUGUGCAAGCCCACAACUGCAACAUCAGCCACCAGUGCUUGAACUUGGAGGGAUCCUUCCAGUGUUGUAGAACAGGAUUCACUGCCAACCAAGAUCAACUGCAAUGUGAAGACAUUGAUGAAUGUGGACUGGCAGAUAGUUGUCCCCUGGGGCUUCAGUGCUACAACAGUCCUGGUUCCUUUGUCUGCAGACGAAGCCGAAGUUGUGGCACCGGUUAUUCUCUGAAUGAAAUUACUCAGCAGUGUGAUGAUAUUGAUGAAUGUGCCCAAGGUGUUCAUAAUUGUGGAACUUCCAGAUGCAAAAAUAUUCAAGGAUCUUUUCGCUGUGAAAUGCCAUCUCAUUCAACUCCAUGCCCAGCGGGUUCCAUUUUCAAUUCACAAACAGAAACAUGUGAAAGUCAGUCCAGAGAAACAUGUGAUCCAGGGUUUUGGAUUAAAAAUGGAAUCUGUGUUGAUAUUAAUGAAUGUACUGAACGUGUUGACCAAUGUGGACUUCAUCAAGUGUGUCAUAACACCAGAGGAUCAUAUCAAUGCAGUAAUACAAUUUCUUGUGGACCAGGAUUAUGGUACGAUGAUGUAGGGUCCCGCUGCAAAGAUAUUGACGAAUGUGCUGCAGGUAAUCACACCUGUCACUCCAACCAAGUAUGUCGAAAUACACCUGGAGGUUUUGAAUGUGACUGCUUAGCUGGAUAUUUAGCAUUAUCCAAUGGGUUCUGUGAAGAUAUUAAUGAGUGCAGUCACCAUCGCCGAUAUUGUCCCCGAAAUGCCAACUGUAUUAAUACGCCUGGAAGUUUCAGAUGUGAAUGCAAGGCAGGAUACGAGUCUAUUGGAACUAGCAGACAAUGCAAAGACAUUGAUGAAUGUUCCAUGCAGAAUCCAUGUGAUCAUCAUUGCCAAAAUACACUAGGAUCUUUCAAAUGCUCAUGUGAAACAGGUUAUGAGCUUUCCCUUAACAGAAGGUCAUGUCAAGAUGUUGAUGAAUGUGCUGAUCCAUAUAAACAAUGUUCAUACCAAUGCCAAAAUUUGCCCGGUUCUUUCCAGUGCAGUUGUCCUUCUGGUUUCCGAAUGGCAUCAGACCAGAAAUCUUGUUUAGAUAUUGAUGAAUGCAAAGAAACACCUAGUAUCUGCAGAAAUUAUGAUGCAACUUGCAUCAACGUCCGUGGUGGCUACAAGUGUCCCAUUGUUCAGUGCCCCAGUGCAUAUACAAAAUCAGCUUAUGGGAAUCCAGGUAACAGGGUUGAAUCGGGAGGAAUUGUUUGUCGUCGAAAACCCUGUAAAUUGGAAGACAAACUUUGCAUUGAAGACAAAACAUUGACCAUUGGAUGGGAGUUUAUUUCUAUCCCUUCUUAUCCCUAUGUCUUAGAAGAGCCACUUACCCUGGUAAUGGUACGUACCAGAGGUUACAUCUUUUACCCAAAACUCUUUCUCACCUUGGAAGAAGGUAAUGAACAACGCCUUUUUGAUACAGUCAUCCAUGAAUCUACAGGAUCUCUUCGGCUAAUCAGACCCAUCCAAGGACCCCAGGAAUUCCACUUGCGAAUGGUACUGGAUAAUUAUAGCCAGACUCAGCACUUGCUUAUUUCGCGGCAUGUCACCAACGUCUAUGUUCAUGUUUCUGCUUUUCUUUUUUAA